GGUGCGGUUGGUUUUUUCGAGGAUCUGGCAACCCAUAGCCAUUCAUCUGCACGCACAGCGUUUUACCAGCAGUUGCGUUUUUAUCCAUUCAUCCUGCUCGUCUGGACGGGGUUUUUUCCGUUGGAAAGUUGUAGUGGAAGUUAAUGUAACUGUGGUUGCAUAGAAGGAUUAUUUAUAAGGGAUUUUUUUAAGGAAAAACAAAUAAAAGAAAUCAUCCAGGGAGAUGGGCUGCGCCGGAUUCACCUGCUCCAAGAAUUCCCUCUGCGCCCUCAACAUCCUCUAUGUGAUGGUGAGCAUGCUGAUGAUCGGCAUUGCCGCCUGGGGAAAAUGGUUUGGCCUGGUCUCGAGUUUCCAGGUGGUAGGCGGCAUCAUCGGCAUCGGGGUCUUUCUGUUCCUCGUUGCUUUGGCCGGACUCAUCGGCGCCAUAAAGCACCACCAAGUCCUUCUCUUCUUCUACAUGAUCAUCCUGUUCCUGGUGUUUGUGGUGCAGUUCUCGGUGUCCAGUGCGUGCCUGGCCAUUAACAAAGAGCAGCAGAAUGAGCUGCUGGAGGUGGGCUGGAACAACUCGCAGACCACACAAAAGGACGUGGAGAAGAGCCUGAACUGCUGCGGGUUCUCUCACGUGGAAGUCAACGUCACUUGUCCUGCUGCGUGUUUCGCUCAUUCCACGUGUGACACGUGUGCAGCAAAGAUCCUGGAGCACGUCGGGGAGGUUCUGCGCAUCGUCGGAGGGAUCGGCCUUUUCUUCAGCUUCACCGAGAUCCUGGGGGUGUGGCUAACCUACCGAUACAGGAACCAGAAAGAUCCGCGGGCUAAUCCCAGCGCCUUCCUGUAAACCCCCAGCGCUGGACACGGCAAACUUCCUGUCCUCCAUCCUGCAAACUCCUCUAACCACUGGACUUCUUACUAGAGCUCUGUACACCACCAGAAGUGUGUCUUUUCGCUUCCUCCAAAGCAGAAACUAGGGCUCGUUCUUGCCGCUGCGUGUGAUGAUCGUUUGGAAAGAGUGCAGUGUUUUCCGAGGCAAAAAAAAAAAAAAACAAUAAUCGUGUAUAUAUUGUAUCAUGAAGCUGAUUAUUUUCUUUUAUUAUUAUUAUUUUUAAUUGAGCUACAACUACUUCAACCGAAGGAAAAGCUUCGUUUGUUCGAUAGUUAAGGGCUAAAAAAAAAUUCCUAUGUCCUUUCAAAAAUUAUAAAAAGACCAAACCUGGAGAAAAGCACUCCGAUCCAUGCCAAAUGAAAAGAAAAAAAAAAAAGCCAGACUGAUCAUGAAUGCAAUAAAUCGAUGAUAUUUUGAUUUAUAUUCCGAUAUCAUGAUUUUGAUUAAUAUACAUUUUAAUAAUUCUGCAUGACCAAAAAAAUAAACCUUAAAAUGAACAUAAUUUUUUGGGAAAAAAUAAGAACCGCAUGUUUUUUUUAUUAUUAUUUUUUUCUUUUUAUUCAUAAUCCAUGCAGCACUGAUAUGGCCACGUGUAAAGUUUUAAAGCUCUUGGUUUCGUAGCUCUAGCAGCCGAUCGCUAAUUUGUAAGUGCGCGUUCGUGUGGUUUCGGCUUUUUCGCGCAUGAACAUUUCACUGUAGCGUACAUCCAUAUUCUACGGUUCUGUGAACUACGCCUUCAUCCAUUAUGGAAAAACUUCUAGAUAUAAAAUGUGUUUGCGUGUGUGUGUGUGU